AUGGAUCCAAUCUUAUCCGGCCUUAUCUCUGCUUUUGGGUUUAACAUUCUUAUAUUUUGCAUUUUAUUUGCUUUAUUUUUGGUAUAUAAGAGAUUUCGAAGCAAGCAUAUAACUUCAAGAAAUCCCAAGAUUAUUCCAAAAAAUGCAAUUUUUUCUGAAUCUGAUACUCCAUUAGAAACCUUAAACUCCAUAAUUAUAAAUUCAAUAAAUUUAAUAUCAUGUUAGUACUAUUUUUUAAAUAAUAAAAUGAAAUCUUAAUUAUAAGUAUAAAAAGAAAUAAUUAGCGAGGUAUAUUUAUAAAUGUUUGAAACACAUCACUUCAAGAUAUUUAUGAGAGAUGCGGAGGUGAAGCUUAUCUUUAUUUAACAUUACUUUGAAAAAUCAUCCAGAUUUUACUUUUAAUGUGCAUAAUUGGGGUAAUUGUACUUGUUCCUAUAUAUGCACAAGGAAAUAAAGUCCAUAAGGAUGGAAUUGAAAAAUCAGGGAUUGCAAAUAUUUUAGACUCGCCAAAUUAUAUGGUGGCUGCUGUAAUUUAUUUUAUCCCUUUUUCUAUAUUUGGUUAUUAUCUAGCAUAUAGAGUGCUUAAAGAAGUUACAACCAAAGCUCAGCAAAGCGUAUUUUUUAUAUAGAAAAUCCAACUAUUCAAUUAUGUCCUUGAAAUAAGUGAUCUGCCGAAAAAUAAAUCAUGCGAAUUUAUCCGGACUAUGGUAAAUAACCUACUGCAAGAUGAGUUUUGAAAUAAUAUAAUUUCGAUUUAUGUCGUUCCUAAUUUGGCUAAGCUCUAUAGAUGCCAGAACAAAUUAGAAGAUGCGAAGGAAAAAGUUGAGCAUUAUGUUUUAUAUGGUGAAACACAUAGUCAUAUUACAAAGAAAAUAAAAUGACUAGAAAAAAUAAUUGGGACGCAGUCUCACUAUGAAAAAUUAGUAGAAAAAUACAGAAAAAAAUAUGAAGAUCUUUUGACAAAAGAGCCAACUGGGAACUCUGGAUUUUGUUAUGUGACGUUUAGAACUACAAAAUCAGCAGAAAAUGCCAGAAUUUGGUUAAAUAAUAAUGUCAAAGGGAAAGAGUGAAUAAUAAAAACAGCACCUUCACCACAUGAAAUUAAAUGAGAAAAUUUAGACCAAGAUUAUAAAGAAAUGCGCACAAAAAGAUGGCUUUUGUUGGUAUUUUUCUGUGCUAUGUUUUUUGUUGUACUCACACCUGUUGCUUUUCUGUAUUUUGUCAACCAUUUAUUUCCAGAUUUUAAAGGCAGAGAAUUCAUUGAGGGAAUAAUAGGAAAAUAUUUUCCUGUUUUAGUAUUAAUUUUUUAUCAAGCAGUAGUGUUGUAUUAUACUACUAUAUAUAUAGUUCAGAAAGAAAGACGUACUAAUACAGCAAGAGAAACAGCAAGCAGGCUUCUUAAAUAUUUAUUAUUUAUGGGGGUUUAUGUAUUCUUCCUACAAGCAAUGGGUGCACAAACCAUUGCAGAUUUAACAGUCAAUGGAUCAUGAGAUAAUUGGCAAACUGAAUUGCCAAAAGCAAUAGCAAAUACAGGGGGAUUCUUUACAAUUUAUUUGUUAUCACGAGCUUUUAUAGUAAAUGGCUUUGAUUUAUUUCAGCCAUUUUUGGUUGUUAAAACAAAAAUAAAAUUAAAUAUUGCUUCUACAGAAAAAGAAAAAAUAUUAGCACAAGAAGCUCCAACUUUCAAUUUUUCUUAUGAAUAUGCAUCCAUGCUGAACGCUUUCCUUAUUAUCUUUACAUAUUCAAUUUAUUUCCCAUUAAUUAUAUUUUUCGGUCUGAUCUAUUUUUCAAUGAGGGUAAUUGUUAUAUAGUUUUGUGUUCAUAAAUAUUUAAUUUUAUGUGUGCACUAUGUUGACAAAAAUUCAUCAGGAAAAAAUAUACCAGAAAUAUGUUUAAAAUCAAUUUUAGGUUCAGUUUUCAUUUUUCAGAUGACAACUUCCUUGGUUUUUUGUAUUAACAAAUAUGGAGGAAUUGAAGCAAUGGGUUUUAUUUAUUUUGUGCUUUCUAUUAUUUUUUAUAUAUUUAUUCAGAUCAAAAGCGUGAGAGUUUUGAAUAAAGUUUUAAGCUUUGUUAUGGUUGAAGAAGAUAUGAACGCCGUAGAAGAGCCAUUGAUAGCUUCAAACGAGAAUUUAUAUGAGCAUCCUUUGGAAAAGAAAAUAAUUAAUAAUUAUAAUUUAUAA